AAUUGGAUGCAAUUCCAUUUGAAUUAUAAGCAAAUAGUAGUGAGUACAAAAAAGUCUGUGCGCGCAUAUGUGUUUGUAUGUCACACAUGUAAAACAACCGACGGCGUGCCAGUGCGUGCGUGUGUGUUUGACUGCGUUUACUGUCACAGUGUCGGUUGUACGCCGGGAAUAAAACUCGAUCCACAAACGCCUCCUAGUCACAGUUUACCGGUUGCCGUCCGACUGAUCAAUUGAGCGCAAACCCGAGAAAAGUUAAAUAACAACUCAAGUAACUAUAUACAGUGGAGUAGCAGUGCAUUACUAAGGAUCAAAAAAGAACAGGAACGGUGUUGUGUUGUGUGCUUUUGCGUCGAAUUCGAAACGAAAACGCAAAAAUAGUGAAAAUGUUCAAGUUUGUGUGUUUGUUCGCACUGGUGGCCACCAGUGCCGCCUCCAGCGUCAAUCAAGUGUCCGAUACUGACAGCCUCCUAACCAAUGCCCUUAAAAUGGUCAAGGAGUGCGGUGAUCGUUCAAUGGUUUUGUGCAUGAAGGAACGCGCGUUACACUACUUUGACACCGAAAAUGGAGACGUAAAAUUGACUGAAGGAAUUUCGUUGAUAAAAACUGAUGACAUCCCAGUGGGGCGAUCAUUAAACGAUGCUGCCCUGCCCAAAGAACCAGAAGCACGUGAGAACGAGGUCGACGCUUUGCUGGUGGAGCGUGUGGCGCGAUUCUUCGGCACGCACACACUGCAAUUCAAAGUGCCUAAAGACUCAAUUCAAGAUAUGCAACGUGCGCUCGAAGAAUCACGCGGCAAGAAGAAGGAAAAGAAGAAGUACCUUCUGCCACUGUUGUUGCUCUUUAAAUUGAAGAUGGCCGCACUCCUGCCACUCGCCAUCGGUUUCCUAGCUCUGAUCUCCUUUAAGGCGCUUGUCAUCGGCAAGAUCGCGUUGCUGUUGAGCGGCAUCAUUGGUCUGAAGAAGCUGCUUGAAUCGAAGAAAGAAAACUACGAAGUCGUGGCACACCCACACUACUCGCACGAAGAACACGGCUACGCACGCUCAUUAAACGAAGCGCAAAAUCUGGCCUACUCAGCGUAUCAGCAAUAGGAGGCGGGAAGCAAUUUGGCUAAACGGGAGUGCAAUAUGUAUAUCCUGAAAAACAAAAAUCUAACAACAACAAACCUAAUAUAAUUUUCUAAUUUAUUUAUUUAUUUAAUUUAUAACAAGAAUUGAGUUUAAUCUAGAUUAAUUUUUUUCUUUUAAAAGAACAAAUAAUGAACGCCAUGCUUUUUUCGUUCUUUUAUCGGGACAGAGCGGGGUGUACAAAUUUUGAAAUGACGAACAAUAUAAGAUAAUAAAAAUGAGGUACAUUAGUGUGCAAAGCUUAGUGGAAAUUACAUAGUUUUGGAAUACUGAUAAAUAUUUACCCGAUCAUCAGUUUGAUGGGUAUAAGUAAGGAGCUAAUUUUCGCAAUUAACUAAUGUUAAUACAUUUAAAAUCAAAAAUAUAUAUAUUAUAUAUAUUGCACAGGCAAAAAGUGUUCAGGUCGAUUUCUUUCCAGCUCACCUGCCGCUUGCUCGCCUACUAUGUAGUCCGAUUAUGAGCUCGCUUAAGUGUUUACAACUAAAACGUAUAUGCACCCAACUAGUUUAUAUUUUAUUAUGACUGUAUUAACUUUAUUGUACGGGUAAUGUACUUAUAUUCACCGCUUAUUGUGUUCUAUUAGACUAGUUCUAACUGCAUUAAUGUACUUUCGAAGCACUCAACUGAGCACUUUCAUAUUUGCAUUAACAUUUUAACGAAGCUUCGCCUACUCUAUUUUUUCUCAAUUUAAAGACUGGCUCAAUGGUUCCAAACGCACGUUGACUUAAUGUCUUAGCGUAUACUGGAACUGAGGGCACUUAAGCUAUCACUAACGCACUUAACGCUUAAUAUGAUUAUUACACCAAAAACCAUUUACAAGUUGUAGCUGAAAGUUUUCAGACUGCAAAACACUACUCUUUCUUCAUAACAACACCUGCUUUUAGACACGCUAGAAUAUGUAUCUUACACACUCACGCAUAUAUGUUCAUAUUAUAGUUCUCGAAAACCAUCUCAAUUUACUAAAACAUACAUACACUUUCUCCAUCUACAUUUUCGCUAUUGCUUACAGUCUUUCAAUAUCUGCGCAAAGUACAAAACUAACAAAAACACUAAUUUUAUUAUACCCAUUUGCAACGCAUUUAACACAAUAUUCCCUCAAUAUUUACAUCCUUACUCAAUUUAAUUAUCCAUUAACAGAGUAAUGCAUUUAAAACUCAUUGAAAUUAAAAAUAACACUAAGUAUUGUCAUCACAUAACGGUUUCACCUCCAGCAUCUCAGUGUCUUGUACUGCCCUUUCGGCAUUCGACAUUCGACAUUCAGUGCAGCCAAAAAGGAAAUUUUGCAUUUAAAGAAUUAAAUAUAUUAUUAAAUAAGGACGCUUACAAGAGACGUGGCAUAAAUUAAUUUUUCGUAUUUCAGUUUUUAAGAUUAUCAACAGAUUGAAAAUAAAUGUUUGAAAAAAAUAUAAAGCUGGUUCAUAUUGACUAAUUGUGGGAUUUUACGCAUGUACAUACAUAUAUGCAUGGCUAACUUUAUUUCUAGAAUAGCUCUUUAAUACUUGCUGCUGAUUGGAAAUGGAUAAAAUAUACUGCUUUAUAACUAAUUUGUGUCUAAAGAAUUAAGAAAAUGUAAAUAUACUCCGAAGAGUAUACUCCAUUAAGUUUGGCACGAAGUUUGUAACACCCAGAAGGAAACGUCGGAGACCUCAUAAAGUAUAUAUAUUAAAUGAUCAGCGUGACAAGCUGACUAGAUUUAGACAUUUCCGUCUGUCUGUCCAUCGGUCUGUCUGUAUAUACGGGGACUUGUCCCUCAGUUUUAUAUAUUGUAUAUCGAUCUGACAUGUCACACGCUCCCUUUCUUCCGCAAGACCCAGCUCAUUUGACGGAACUGGAUAUAGCGGCCACACAAACUGAUUGAUUACAAUCAAGUCCUUAUAUGGAAACCUUUUAUUAUUUGACAAGGAUUAAUUUUUGAAUUUAAAAUAUUCAUUAGAAUAAAGUGACCUAUCGAAAUCCAAUCCUUGUAUAUAUACUAUAUUUCGAACUCUGGCUUAAGAGACUACAGAACUCGGUUAAAGUAAGCAUAAACCUUUAUACUACUGAAAUAGUUAAUUAAUAAAUUUGUAUAGUUUUAAAUGUUUCUAGUUUUACUUGUAUAACAAGGACAAGACCGGUUAUAACUUAGCGGAGGAUUGUCAUUUAAAGAAUGUGUUUAUAGUGGCCUUCGUUUUGUAUAUAUCCCACAGUAAAAUUUUAUGUUAGUGAAGACAGGUACUAGUCCCCAACUAGAAAUUCCUGACGAAAAGUCAAUCAAUAUCAGAAAAUAUGAAAUACAACUAGAAUUUUCAAAAAAAAACAUGACUUUUGUCAUUUAUAAAACUAUUCAUUUGUGCGUUAUUUUAUUUGACUUAACAGACUUUAUAAAUUUAUUGUCAUUAAAAUUAAAAAUGUUAAAAUUAGUCCAUAAUUGAAAUAGAUUUUUAUAUCUAUCUUGAACUAGUAUAAGACUGGUAUAUAUAUGAAAGCCGGCUGCCUAGUUGCGCUUCUGGUUCAUACUUGUCGGAAAGUAGUCCAAAAUUAUUUGUUUCACUACAGAGCACCUACAAACAAAUAUGUAUAUACGUAUAUUAUAUAUAUACAUUUCUUUUUUGUAAUUAUUUAGAUAUGUUUCUUAACCGCUUUUCAUUUUUGUAAUCAAGUCAUGCAACGUUUGCUGCACCGAGCACUUUGGCAGCAACAAAUGCAAUCGAGAAUUGUUUAGAUUUGAUCACAACAAAGUGUAGUGUGGGUACUCAGCUGUGGCGACGGUAUGCAAAAGCACACAUAACCUUCACAUGUGUAUCUAACCAUGUAAAGUCCAUACUAUUCCAAAGCAUGCAAAUAUAAAGUAUGUAUGUAUGUGCUUAUAUUUGUUACACGAUCUGCAAAUAAUUAAAAUGAAAUGUAUCAAAUUCUAAUGCAAAUGCAACAAAAUCGGAUAUCUACUAGAAAAAUAGAAAGUAAAUAUAUAAUAAUAAAUGUUGUGUUGUGAAAGUAAAUUAACCAGGUUUUAUAUGCCCAUAUAUUUGGAAAAAUCAUACGAACUUGGUCACAUAACUGCCACAUUUAAAUCACAGUGACUUGUAUCCUGUAUUAUGUUGUAUGUACUUGUAUGUUUCUUUUGAUUCAAUCUGCUCGAAAUAGUUUCAUUAAGCAGUCUCAAUUCUCAGUGGUUAUAUACAUAAGACCUUUUUGUUUUUUUACAGGGUGCAGAAGCAGUACUGGCCUCCGGACUAUUGAGAUCACUACUGAGUGGAUCAUGCGUUCAAGCUCUGAGUUAUUUAAAUAUAUGUUUUAGUGCAGAAAGACUUUAAUUACUGCUCUGCUUACUCAAAACCUAAAGGGAGAUAAGCAUACAAAGCUAAUAAACUUUUUUCAUUGAAUUAUUAUUAAAAUUAGUUUUUCCCUUACGAUUCCAAAGCGUGACUUGAGCGAUUAAAAGCUGUCAUGCAGCCAAAGUAUCUACUUGUAAUUAUAAACUGUAUUCCUUAUCCUUCCGUAUAUGAGGUGACUAAUCUUACCACCCUGUACUAGGUGGGGUGUGAUAUGUGCCAAUUAUAAAAGAUAGUACAAUCCUCAACAUUAAAUAUACUCGUAUUUAUAUAUAUAAAAGUGAA